AUGGCUCAGAACGCGACACCAAAAUCAAUUGAGAACGCUCAACACAUUGAAUUACUGAAAAGAAAAAGAACUACAUUACGAUCUUCAGUUACUAAACUAUUAAACAAGAUUGAAAUAGAAAUUAAGAAAACCGAAGUAACGGAAGAUAGCGAACUUGAUCUUUUCUUAGAACAAUUGAAUGAUAAAUUUGAAUCGCUUAAAUUGGUGGAUUCAGAUCUAGAACAAUUAUGGUCUCCUACGGAAGUAGAUAAGGAACUAGAAUCAGCAGAAGAAUAUCGAGAAAAAAUAAUAACCUGGAGAUUCAAAGCAAAGAAAUACAUGAAUUUAAAUCAAUUGACUGUUCAGUCUAACCACCUGAAUACAGAAUUUAACGAGAAUACAACUGCUAGCGUUAACAUCCCAAAACCAGAUUUAACUAUUUCGCCGACAUAUGUAAAACUUCCGCGGCUCACUAUUGAAACCUUUGAUGGUGAUAUUUGUAAGUGGCCAGAAUUUUGGUCAAGGUUUAAAACUGCCGUUCAUGAAAAUUACAACCUAUCGAAUGUCGAGAAAUUUUCUUAUUUAAAGUCAUAUUUAUGUAAAGAUGCGGAAUUGGCCAUUUCUGGUUUAUCAAUAACGGAAGAAAAUUAUUCUAAAUCUAUUUCAAUAUUGGAAUCGCGUUUCGGAAAGAAAGAAUUGAUUAUCGACAGGCACAUGGCGAAUUUACUUAGUUUAGAAAGUUGUAGAAACUCUAGAAAUGUUCUUGCUUUAAGAAGAUUGUAUGAUAAAUGUCAAGUUGAAAUUAACGCAUUAAAAAGUCUAGGAAUUGAGCCAGAUAGCUACGGAACAUUAUUAUUUCCCAUUUUAAUUCGAAGUAUUCCAGGCGAUUUGGCCUUGGACUUUAACAAAAACCAUGAGGCGCAAGAGAAUAAAAUUACCGACCUAAUUAAUUUUCUAAAGAGAGAAGUGGAAUCUCGCGAACGCAUGAUACUCAUAACUCAGCCAAAUGAAACCAAAACUUUUUCCGAAUCAUCACGGCCAUGUGGUAAUUCUUUCCCCCCGCGCGGAAAUGAAGUCGUAAACCACAGGAGGUCAUCGGAGAGUGGCCCAAGAAAUAAAGCUAAAAUCGAAAGAAUAAAAAAUCCUACUGCUAGUGAAUUAUGUGCAUACGAUAACAACUCAAAAUCUAAAUUAUGCCUUUUUUGCCGGGAAGCAUCGCAUUCUAGCAUUAAUUGUGGUUUUGCAAAAAGCUUGCCACUUGAAAAAAGGAAAUCAAUGCUGAUUAAAAAGGGUUCUUGUUUUCGGUGUUUGGGCAUCGGGCAUUUGAGUGCUUCAUGUAAGGCGAAAGUUAAAUGUAAUAUUUGUGGGAAAAGACAUCUUGACAUUAUGUGUUGGGAUGAAAAUAAACGCUCCGACAUUAAUGAAGAUAAACCAAACAAACGUUCUGAAAUAAAUGAGAACACAACACUUGCGAAUAACGAAUGCUCUAGGGAAGUUUAUCUUCAAACUUUAGUUGUGUACAUUAAAGAAAAUAAUUUGAAAAAUUUUUUAAGACUAAUUAUCGAUUUGGGAUCCCAAAGGUCUUACAUUUCAAAAUUUGCUGCAAGAAAAAUGAAAUUAACUGCAUUAGGAGAGGAAUACGUGAGUCAUGGGUUAUUUGGGGGAAUUACACAUGCGGAAACGCAUCAACGAUACCUCAUUAAUCUGUCAAAUAUUGAUGAAAACUAUGACUUUGAAUUAGAAGUUUUAGAUCAAAAGAAAAUUUGUGCUACUCUGCCUAAAAUGACUGAUCCUCAUUAUUUAAAACGAUUGAAGGAUAUGAAUAUUCAACUUAGUGAUGCAGCGAUAAAUGAAGAUUCCUGCUUGCAUGAAAAGAAUCCUAACGAAAUUAAUUUGCUUAUUGGUGCUGAUUACGCUGGUAAAUUGUUAACAGGAAAUAUAAAACAUAUUUCAGGAAGCUUGGUUGCGGUAGAAACUCGACUAGGGUGGACUAUCAUGGGUAAAUCUGAUAUAGAAACCACAGAAACAAAUAGUUCAAUGUUAGUAUUGUCACUACAUGUAAACAAUGCGAAGAUUACAGAUCUCUGGAAUUUAGACACCUUGGGAAUUAAGGAUGAUUGUACGAAACGUACUCAAAUAGAAACCCAAGAGCUUGCCUUAGAACAUUUCAGAAAAACAGUUAGUAGGGACAGUACAGGAAGAUACAAGGUUAAUUUACCCUGGUUAGAUCAACACCCUCCUUUAUUUGACAACAAAGAGUUAGCUCGGAAAAGACUCAAGCGUACAGUAAGGUCCCAAAAAUCGCAGAAUCGAUUAACAGAGUAUCAAGAGGUUUUUUACCAGUGGGAAAAAGAAGGCAUCAUUGAGGAAGUUGACCAAAAGAAAGCUGAUCCUGUGGGUCUGGGUACACAUUAUCUGCCUCAUAGAGCAGUGUUUAAAGAUAGUUCCACCACUAAAGUGCGUCCUGUAUUCGAUGGAUCCGCGAAGACAAGAAAUUCCGUAUCAAUAAACGAAUGUGUUGAAAAAGGUCCCAACCUUAUUGAGCUGAUCCCCGCUAUUCUAAACCGAUUUAGGUGGGGGAAAAUCGGAGUUAUUUCGGAUAUCAAGCAGGCCUUUUUACAAAUAGCCUUAAAUGAUUCCGACAGAGACGUUCUACGAUUCAUAUGGUGGAAGGAAGGAGAUCCCCAAAAAGAAGUCACCUAUAGGCAUUGCCGGGUCGUGUUCGGCAUUUCAAGCUCCCAAUUUUUACUCUUAGCAGUUUUGAAUCAUGUUUUAGAUCAAGUAGAAGAGCCAUUUAAGACUGUUGCAAUGAAACUAAAAAAUUCAUUGUACGUUGAUAAUUGUGUUGCAAGCGUGGACUCGGUCGCUGAAUUGGAACAUUUUAGAACAGAAACUCAGAAAAUUCUAAAACCAGCUAAAUUUGAUUUACGUGGAUGGAAAAAUACUUUUCUACCUGAAAUAGAAGAACCGGUCAGUGAUAGUUUUAUUGCCGACGAAGAAAAGGAAGUACCAGUGUUAGGUUUAGCAUGGGAUAGAGAAAACGAUUACUUAUCCUGCCAACUGAUCCAAACAGGGAACGAAGAUGAACAAAUUACAAAGAGGAAAAUUCUGUCUGUAGCUCACCAAAUAUUCGAUCCAAUAGGAUUCACUUGCCCAGUAACAUUAAUGCCAAAAUUGCUCCUUCAAGAAUGCUGGAAAUUAGGAAUCUCUUGGGAUUCAAAAUUACCGGAAGAAAUAAUUCAAAAAUUUGAAAAAUGGAAAAAGGGAUUAUCCGAACGGAAAUAUUUAAAAAUUCCACGUAGACUUUCUCAUUUAGAUCUAAGUGAAUCGAAGCUGACUCUCCACACUUUCUGUGAUGCGUCAAAAUUGGCAUAUGCUGCGUGUGUAUUUUUAAGAGUAGAAAACGAUUCUGAAGUCACUUGCCAAUUAAUUCAAGCUCGAUCUAGAGUUGCUCCAUUAAAAAGGAUAUCCAUUCCAAGGAUGGAACUGCUAGCAUGCAAUAUUGGAGCUAGAUUGGCCAAUUCAGUGAAGACAGAUUUGAGUUUGGAAGGAAUUGAAUCAUUUUUCUGGAGUGAUUCCAUGGACGCUCUGUAUUGGAUUACGAAAGAAGGCCCUUGGAUGAUUUUUGUAUCCAACAGAGUCAGCGAGAUUAGAAGACUCUCAAAAACAUCUGAAUGGAAUUUUGUUCCAGGAGCACAAAAUAUUGCUGAUCUACCCUCAAGAGGAUGCUCGGUAAAAAACUUACUGAAGGAACAAUGGCACGAAGGACCUGCAUGGCUAAGAGACUCGAGAGAUAAAUGGCCAAAUUUCGCGCUUUCACCAGAUGAAAAUAACAUAAGUGCUGAAAAGAAGAAGAUUAUAGUAUCGUCUUUGAAUCAGAAGAGUGACGAAUUCUAUAACAAUAUCUCUUCGUACGAGAAAAUAAUCAGAGUCACGGCUUGGAUGAAAAGAUUUAAAACCUGCUUCAAAUCAGAGAAGGAUGAACGUAUUCGAAAUUUAAAGGCAUUUGUAGAUUCGUCAGGAAUUCUAAGGGUUAAAUCGCGGCUAUUAAUGAGACAAGACUUGGAAGAUUUUCGAACACCUGUAAUCCUACCAUCUGAACACCCAAUCGUCUCUAAAUUAAUCAUGGAAAAACAUAAACAGUCCCUACAUUGUGGGAUCCAAACUUUGAUGGCAAUAUUACGUGAAAGAUUUUGGAUUUUGAAGAGUCGUAGAACUAUUCGCAACAUUUUGAGAAGUUGCGUAAUAUGCAAACGGCAUGAUUCAAAGCCUCUUGCUGCUGAACACGCUCCUUUGCCAGAAGAUCGUGUCAAGGAUGCUGAAGUUUUUGAAGUAACUGGAAUUGAUUUAGCUAUUCCUUUAAUUUUGAAAAACGGAUCAAAGGUGUGGAUUGCUUUAUUCACCUGUGCUGUGUAUCGUGCUGUUCAUCUGGAACUUGUUUCUGCAUUAUCCACAGAUAAUUUUUUAUUGGCUCUUCGUCGAUUCAUAGCCCGACGAGGAAGACCGAAAGUUGUGUAUACUGACAAUGGUAGUAAUUUUAUUGGUGCAAGUUCUUUCUUAAAAAAAAUUGAUUGGGAUAAAGUUGUCAAAGACAAUAAUGUUAAUAGAAUUAAAUGGAAAUUUAUUCCUCCUGCUUCUCCUUGGUGGGGAGGAUUUUGGGAAAGGAUGAUAGGCUUAAUGAAGAAUAUUCUCCGGAAAGUUUUAGGAAAUGCAUCAUUAAAAUACGAAGAACUUUAUACAAUUCUUUGUGAUUGUGAAAAUGUUUUGAACUGUCGACCCUUAACUUAUGUAUCUGAAGAUCUUGAACUACAACCUAUUACACCUGCUUUAUUUUUUCGAGACUUGAAAGAAAGCAGUGUCCCAGAUCUGGAUCACAUAGAUUCUGCAUACUUGCAAAGAAGAUACGUUUAUCGAACGAAAGUCCGAGAAGAUUUAAGAAAACGGUUUCGGACAGAGUAUUUAGGACAGCUGAGAAAUCAUGCCACAAGAAGAAGGAAAUACACAGAACUGUCGAUCGGUGAUAUCGUGUUGAUAGAAACAAAUGAAAAAAGAAUAAACUGGCCAUUAGGGAAAAUUAUAGAGUUAUUUCCGGGUAAAGACGGUGUAAUACGCCUAGUAAAACUACGAACAAGAUAUGGGGAAACACUUCGUCCAAUACAGAGAUUAUAUCCAUUGGAAGUGAACCGGGAAACUGGCUGUCAUUUCAGAGAGUGUGUUGAGAAUCAACAUCAAACUGAGACAAUCGGUGAUGAACCUAAAACACAACCUGGACCUAAUGGACAUGAUCAUGAUCCUCCCAGGAUAACCAGGUCUGGACGAGUGGUACGAGCUCCUAGACGUUCGGAUCUUUUGAACUGUUCAUCCGACUGGGGUUGA